AUCAUGUCCCUGCCCGCCGCGUCCCGGCACUCAUCUCACCGUCCUUGCCAUCUGCCUCUAUUGCACAUUGUGCAAAUUCCUAUUGCCACCGCAGGCCUGCGGACAGGCUCACACAAGCAGCGCUAACGAAUUCCAGUAGGAACUAGGAAGCGCUCAACAAGGAAGUGUUUUUGCAUAAAUCGAUGCACACUGAUGAUAUGCCACUGUUGAUUUGCGAUGUGUCAAAUUACAGGGAGUUCACGAAGGGCGUGGCCUCGCCGGUGUUGCGCGAUGGUGCCCGAUGGAUCGCGCAACACCCAGGCCGACGUUCUACGUUAGGCCUCACUAUUAUGCAAUGAAAUACGCCUGAACAAAUAAUAUCGUUCAGACCCACAUUCAUAAAACCCCUACCGCAAAUCUCCAGGUUGCACAGAAUCGGCAACACGAGAAGGCCUGCAAAGUUCCACAAAUCGAAAUGAUGCUUUCAUCGCAUGUACGAACCAGGCCUGCGGUCCACGCAUCGGCCAAGCGCUCAGCACAACUUGGAGGUCGGGGCUUCGCGCGGCUGCCUCCUCUCAGGGUUGCCCCUGUCCGGCUUGCACCCGAUGCCAAGCCCGGCUUGCAUGUGCGCCAGAGCUACGCAGGCGGCGCCUCCGCCUCGGGCGCCUCCACCCAGCAGCUGGAGUCGCUGCGCAAGGAGCUCAAGGCGCUGGAGGAGGAGCGUGACACGGCAGUGGCCACCGGUGAGAGGCGUGUGUGAGGACCCGGAUGCGCGGAUGCCUCGGCUUGCAAU